GAUGCUUGGACCGAAGUCUGCAUGAAUGUGAAAAACCUGCCUUAAAGCUGAACGAUGGGGCAGAGACGACGUCCUAAAGGCUCCUUAGCCAACAGAACUCCGUGUAGAAAUGCACUGGGGACCCAGGACUCUCCCAAGCACAACAUAUGCAUGGUGUCAGACUUUUUCUACCCCAACAUGGGAGGGGUGGAAAGCCACAUUUACCAGCUGUCUCAGUGCUUGAUUGAGAGAGGACACAAGGUGAUAAUAGCCACCCACGCUUAUGGAAACCGGAGGGGCGUCCGCUACCUCACAAACGGGCUCAAGGUCUACUACUUACCCCUGCAGGUGAUGUACAACCAGUCCACAGUUACCACCUGCUUUCACAGUCUACCUCUGCUACGGUGCGUCUUUGUGCGCGAGAGGAUCACUGUGGUCCACGCACACAGCUCGUUCUCGGCCAUGGCGCACGACUCCCUGUUCCAUGCUAAGACCAUGGGCCUGAACACGGUGUUCACCGACCACUCGCUGUUCGGCUUCGCGGACGUGAGCUCGGUGCUGACCAACAAGCUACUGACCGUGUCGCUGUGUGACACCAGCCACAUUGUCUGCGUCUCCUACACCAGCAAAGAGAACACGGUGCUCAGGGCCGCCCUGGACCCGGAGAUCGUGUCUGUCAUCCCCAACGCUGUGGACCCCACUGACUUCACCCCCGACCCCUCCCAGAGAGACGACACCAAGAUCACCAUCGUGGUGGUCAGCCGCCUGGUCUACCGAAAGGGAAUAGAUUUACUAGGCGGAAUAAUUCCAGAGCUGUGCCUGAAACAUCCUGAUCUGCAGUUUCUAAUCGGCGGGGAAGGGCCGAAGCGGAUCGUCCUGGAGGAGGUCCGUGAGAAGUACCAGCUGCACGACAGGGUGCGUCUCCUAGGAGCCCUAGAGCACAAAGAUGUGAGAAACGUCCUGAUUCAGGGCCACAUUUUCCUCAACACGUCUCUGACUGAGGCUUUCUGCAUGGCCAUCGUAGAGGGGGCCAGCUGUGGACUGCAGGUGGUGAGCACACGGGUGGGUGGGAUCCCGGAGGUGCUACCGGAGGAGCUGAUCACGCUGUGUGAGCCCACGGUCAGCUCCCUCUGCCAGGGCCUGGAAAUGGUCAUCGCCAGGCAGCGCUGGGGCACCGUGCUGCCCCCUGCGGCCAUCCACAGCAGGGUUCAAACCCUCUACACUUGGAGGAACGUGGCCGAGAGGACCGAGAAGGUGUAUGACAGGGUGGCGAAGGAGGCGGUGCUCCCGCUGGAUGGUCGUCUGGCCCGGCUGAGGGCUCACUGCGGGGCCGUGGCCGGCUCCAUCUUCGCCUUCUUGGCCGUGCUGGACUUCCUCUUCCUCCUCCUGCUGCAGUGGCUCGUUCCAGACUCCAUCAUCGACGUCGCCGUCAAUGCCUCAGGCCCCCAGGGGCUGUGGGCCGGGGCCGGGAGGAAGGAACACAGUACUAACUACCACAAGGACACGGGGACCGGUUAGUGGGUGCACGGCAUUCGGCU